CUUGGGGAAGGGUGGGGACGGCGCGGCGCGAGGGACAAACCGCGCCGGACGCGCUCGCCCCGCCCCUCCCCGCCAGCGCCAUGGAGCCAAGGCUGCUGCUGCCGCUGCUGUUCGCCCUGGGCUCAGGUGCCAUUUUAAAACAAUCAGAAUCCAAAGAAGCGUGGGGAUAUGUCCAAGUUAGAAAUAAUGCACACAUGUUCUGGUGGUUGUACUAUGCAAACAACCCUACCAAAAACUUCACAGAACUACCUCUCAUCAUGUGGCUGCAGGGAGGUCCAGGAGCUUCAGGCUGUGGAUUUGGGAACUUUGAAGAAAUUGGUCCCUUAAAUACCAAACUGAAACCAAGAAACACAACCUGGUUGCAGGCAGCCAGCAUACUGUUUGUCGAUAACCCUGUUGGCUCUGGAUUCAGCUAUGCAAAUGACAGCAGUGCAUUUGCAAAAGAUCUCGCCACUGUCGCUUCCGAUAUGCUGGUGCUGCUUAAAGAAUUCUUCAAGAGUAAGGCAGAAUUCCAGACUCUUCCAUUCUACAUCUUCUCAGAAUCAUAUGGAGGCAAAAUGACAGCUGGCAUUGCCUUAGAGCUGCAUAAGGCAAUUCAUGCUGGAAGCAUAAAGUGCAAUUUCAUUGGCGCUGCCCUGGGGGAUUCCUGGAUAUCUCCCUUAGAUUCGGUACUCUCCUGGGGACCUUACCUUUACAGCACUUCUCUUCUUGAUGAUAAGGGCCUCACAGAAGUCACUGCUGCUGCCAAAGAAGUCAUGGAUGCAGUGAAUAAAAAGGAUUAUGCACUAGCCACUCAACUCUGGAGUAAGACUGAAGAGAUAAUUGAACAGAACACAGAUGGCGUGAACUUCUAUAACAUCCUGACCAAGCAGGCUCCCACUCUCAAGGAACCAGAACAUGAAGCCAUCUAUCUUAUGAGGCUCUACCAACGCCAUGUUGAGCACCUUCACAAGGACCAGUUAAGUGACCUGAUGAACGGGCCCAUCCGAAAGAAGCUAAAAAUCAUUCCGGACUCUGUCAAGUGGGGAGGGCAGUCAGAAACAGUGUUCACAAACAUGGCUGGGGAUUUCAUGAAGCCUGUUAUUGACAUCGUGGACCAGCUGCUGGUGGCCAACGUCAACGUUACCAUCUACAAUGGGCAGCUGGAUCUUAUUGUCGACACGAUGGGACAAGAGGCGUGGGUCCGGAAGCUGAAAUGGCCUAAGCUGGAGCAGUUCAGCCAGCAGAAGUGGAAGGCUCUGUAUGUAUGUCCAGAAUCCACUGAGACGGCUGCUUUCUACAAGUCCUAUGAGAACUUGGCUUUCUACUGGAUUCUAAGGGCUGGACACAUGGUACCAGCUGAUCAAGGGGAAAUGGCACUGAAAAUGGUUAGGAUGGUGACGCAACAAAAACCCUGAUGAAAAUGGAGGCCAGCUGGCCUGGCUGAUGUGCAGAACUCCUGUGCUUUAGUGGACCUUGGGCCACAGAAUGAACUGCAGAACAAACAAUCAGUAUUUGGAAGUAUAGCCUUUCUAAUUUGGUAAUAAGCAAAUCGUUGAAAGAAAUGCGUGGUUAUGAACUGAAGUGUUGCCUUUGACUUUGCAAACUGAUUCUUUACCUCAGUACUGCUUAUUAUGACUUUCUUAUUGGGAUCUUCUCUGAUAAAUAAUUUACUUAGAGCUGCUGCCUGUUGUACUGGACGGUUGUAUCCAUCUUUUAUAAAAUGUUAGGAUUGCUCAAA